CAUACACAUCACCACCCCCCGGCCUGCAACCUCUUAAACCACAAUCCCCAGCAAACACAACAACACUUGCCCUCGCACGCCGAGCAUGGCCACCACCACCCCACUCACCCUCCCACGCACCCUCUUCACCCCAACCCUCUACACCAACAUCCUAAAGCUAUGGUUCCGCGACAUCCCACCCACAACACGCGUCGUGCCCCCCGAGACAACGUCCCGCUGGUUCGGCAAAGGCGCGCCCGAACCCAACGGCAAAACCUUCGACGAAGCAUGCACAGACGAAUUCGAGCCCGUACUCGAGGCCAUCGGGCCCCAGCAAUACACACUGCCCGCAGCAGCCGUAGCAGCAGAUUACAGGGCCGAAGUGGCGAGCAGCGCCGGCAUAGCGGCGCCGUUCCUCGCGGAUAUUCAGAGCGCGGAUGAGGCGCAGACGAGUGCGAACGCGCUGGGACUGAUGCUGUUGCUGGACCAGAUGCCGCGGAACAUCUUUCGCGAUAACCAGGCGGUUGUGUAUGGGCAUUAUGACCGGAUAGCGCGGGCGGUGCUGCGCGGGGUGCUGGAGGGGAGACCGCGGGUGGAUUUGCAUGGGAGUUUGCGGCUUGUGCCGUGUCGGCGGAUGUGGUUCUAUAUGCCGCUGAUGCAUUCCGAGUAUCGCGAGGAUCACGAUUUGUACUGGAAGAUUAUGAGCGAGGCGCAGGCGGAGUUGAGGGCUGAUGGGGAUGAGGAGAGUGCCGGGUUCGUGCAGUAUAGCUUGGAUUUUGAGAAGAAGCAUGUGGGGUUGAUUGAGAGGUUUGGGCGGUAUCCGCAUCGGAAUGUGCAUCUGGGGAGGGAGAUGACGCAGGAGGAGAAGGAGUAUCUUGAGGCUGGCGGGGAGAACUUUGGGACAGGGGCGUGAGUAGCAGACAUGAAAGCGAACACAAUACCCAAUGUUGUCUAGAGAUCUAUACUAGAGAUGCUAAUCCAAAAUGCCGCUAGGUCAUGAAUUACAAUCCUGUCGCA